GCUGGCUCGUAGCAGUAGCCUCGCAGUGGCCGUCGAGGGGUCCUCCAGCCAGUGUUGCCCCCGCCCCAGUCUCCAGCAUGGGAAGUAUCCUCGCAAACCUCUUCAAGGGCCUUUUUGGCAAAAAGGAGACGUGCAUUCUCAUGGUGGGCUUGGACGCUGCAGGGAAGACCACCAUCCUGUACAAACUGAAGCUGGGUGAGAUGGGGACCACCAUUCCCACCACAGGCUUCCACGUGGAGACCGUGCAGUACGAGAACAUCAGCUUCACCGUGCGCGACGUGGGCGGCCAGGACAAUCGGCCCCUGUGGCGCCACUACUUCCGGAACACACAAGGCCUCAUCCUUCUGGUGGACAGCAAGGUCAGACAGGGCGUGAAGGGGGCCCGUGAGGAGCUCGUGACAAUGCUGGCGGGGGACGAGCUCAGGGAUGCCGUCCGGCUGGUGUUCGCCAGCAAGCAGGACCUCCCUGAGACCAUGAAGGCGGCCGAGUCUAUGGACAAGCUGGGCCUGCACUCGCUGCGCCACAGGAACCGGUACAUUCGGGCCACCUGUGCCACCAGCGGGGACAGGCUCUAUGAGGGACUGGACUGGCUAUCCAAUCACCUCCAGAACCAGAAGGCAGCCCCCCCCCCCCACCUCCGUCCACAUGUGCUUUCACUCCCUCAGCCUGCAAGGGUCAGGUUUGCCAACGAAACAACGACCUCUACUUUUUUCUCUUAUUUUGAUAAACACUGAAGAAGCUGGAGCCGUUCAACUUUAUCUUGGGGAAAUCCUCAGAACUGGUUUAUUUGGUGUCGUGGAACCUCUUACUGUUUUCAAGACACGA